AUGAAAGCAUUCGCAGCAGUCCUCCUUUUGGCCUUUCCAUCGAUCGCUGUCUCGCUGACCAAGCGUGACUGCGACUCCUUCGAUGUGACCGCUCCAGGAUCCAAGGGAUGGUCCAGGAUGGGUCAACCAAUCCGGGUAUCAGAAAUCGUAAACUGCACCGCGGAAAGAGCCAAAAAGAAUGGCGAUGGCAAAGGAAAUUGCAACAUUCAGCGCUAUAUAAUGGGCAUCAUCGCCAACGCAACUAUCAACAGCACCGACGGCGCAACCUUCCAAGCCCCAUCCCCAGCAAACCUCAACACUUCCAUGACAAACAAAGAGGCCAUUAUCAAAGCUUUGAAACACGAUAUAGGGCCAUUGGGAAACGUCACCUUGGAUAGGCUCGUUGUCAUACCUUUUAUUGCCCCUUUCAACACAACUCCAAACGGGACUUAUGGGUAUUGGACAUUUACGCCUGCAAUACAGUGCUGGCGUGGACAUCCCAGGGAUUGUGAUGGUGAUUUGGAGGAGGAAUUGGACGGUUAUUCAGCCGUGGUAUGCGGCUUUAGGCUCAAGAGCAAUUCGACGGAUGACCCUGUUACCACGUAUGAAGGCAAUGUUAGCUUCGUGGAGAUGGACGAGGAAGAUGCUCUGAUCAAGUCUGAGAUCAGGCCAUGGCCAAGUCUUAGCAAGGCUCAAGAAUGGGCUAGGGAAUGGGAUGAAGCUGAUGUUGACUCCGGGGCCGUGAGAUAUCAUGGGAUAUCGACGGCUGCCAUAUGGUCAUCUCUUGCUUGUCUGUUUGUAUUUAUCUAA